AUGAAGGAUCGUCGUCAAUCCGCAGUCGGGCCUAAGAGCUCCGCAGCCCUGGCCUUUCGCCUCAAGACCGAUAUCCAGCUACCGCGUAAUUGCAUUCUUGCACGCAGGUUUCCCGCUGUAUUGCUCGAGCCGAGGCCAGAGUCUGAUGCUUUCUGGAGCAGAGGCUGCUGUCAAAUGUCCGUUUUGGGAAACUGCGGCGCCGUUCCCGCGGGUGGGACUGAGGCAAGGUACAAGUACCUCAUGGCGAGGUAA